GGGGACAUCCAAACACAAGAGGAUUCGAGCAGCAAAACAGCCCUAUUGACCCGGCAGCAAGUCCUGACCCAAAAAAUUAAUUGAAAUAAUUUUGCCAGAUAUUUCAUAUCAGAGGUAAGUGUUAUUAUAUCUGGCAUGUUUGUAUCUUCAAACUUACAUGCAGUUUUGUAUUAGAUUAAAGUCCCUCAAGGUUUUAGUGGAACACUUAUUCGUUCAUUGAGUCUAGAGGUUUAUAAAAGAAGAAAAAGAAGAACCACAUUGAUCCCUGAGGGGAAAAUGAGUAGGCCUAAUUCAAUUUAAGAUCAGUGCACCAUUAUUCAUCUCAACAGACAGGACGGCAUAAUGACAGCUCAGAAUUGUUCUGUUUCAUUUCUGUUUUAUUUUAAUUGAAUUUAUUAUCAUCUUUCCUGCCUUACGUUUUGAUUAUCUUGCCUAUUACCAUCAAUUGUCUGUCCGUUUGUUAUACAGCACUCAGGGCUGCUUUCUUGUUUGCAUGACCUUACCAUCAGGGUUAUAAGCUGAAAGCAUGUACAAAGUGGAUUUGUCUGUAGACCAGUCCAUAAACAAGGCUGUGGAAAGGAGAAGGUCUGCAGAGACAGCACGCAAGGCCCGGAUCUUCGACACUCGGCUCCGUGUGAUGGGCCUCGACGUGGAUGCCCUCAAUCAACAGGUCCAUCUGAAAAAACAGCAGCAGAACAUGGAGAUGCAACGAGGCAAAGCCUUUGGUAAACUAUGGGCAUGGGACAGAACUACACCCUAACCAUUUUCACUCAGAGGAAAUAACAGGCCUUUAAGGACAGUGCAGAUUUCUGGAACCAUGUCGUACAUGUACUUAUAGGCUUGACAGCAAAACUUAAAUUUGGUUUUCUCUCUGCUACAGAUAAGCUAAGAGUGUGGCAUGAUAAAGCACUGCUGCAGCAAGAAGCUGAUGAAAAAAAGAAGCGAGCUGCUGUACACACUGACCUGACCCAGUAUUGGUCCACCCAUCAGCGUGUGGAGGACUCGAGUGAUACUGAUCUCAAGACUGGCCUGAGGGGGGCACUCAGGAUCACCAUUCCAGAGAGCGAGCUGGGGCCUGCCAGUAUGCAAAUCUUUAAUGUAGGUUCCAUGGAGCUGGCAGGUGUUUAUCAAAGAUGUGUGGACUAUAGUCCAAAGUUACACAAAUAACCAUGUUGCCAAUGAAUUCUUCAUGUGCAGGGCGAAGAUGUUGAACUGGAGCAAAGGAAAAAAGAACAAAUAAGAAAGACGGAAGAAGAGCUAAGAGCGCAGAAGGAAGACAAUGAGAGGAGGCGGAGAGAAGACAAGCACAGAGGUAAAAGGAGAGAGAAAAAGACAUACACACACAUACAGGUCCACACACUUGCGCAUGAUGUAAUCCCUGAUGAGCCAACAUGCUGUGCACUAUAGCUCCUUCAAAUCAUGCACAUGUUUCAUGCUUUCCUGCUCAAACAAUCACACACUCCUACGCACAGCCCUGUCUGCCGUGUGGCAUUGAUGGAUGCUCAUCUGAGAGAGCUGUUUUGCAUCCGUGAGAGUGUCACUGAAGUCCCCUGCAUUAUGUGUGAUGGAUAUUGCAGGUGUAAAUUCAUACUUGUGUGUGUGUGUGUGUGUGUGUGUGUGUGUGUGUGUGUGUGUGUGUGUGUGUGUGUGUGUGUGUGUGUGUGUGUGUGUGUGUGUGUGUGUGUGUGUUACAGAGAUGCUUGUGAACAAAAUGCUGGUGUAUGAGGACCUCAUGGGGGUUCAGCAGCGAACACAAGAGGAAGAGUGUAAGAAAGCUGCCCGUAUUGCCCUCGACAACUACAAUCAUGCUCUGGUACAGUACAUGCAUGCUCACACACUUCACACACCAGUGUAAACUCAAAGUCAAAUCCAGAGAGAGUUUGCACUGUGGCGUGGUGUUCUCAGGUGGGUUUUGAAAUUAACACAGCUAAUUGAAAAUGUGAAGUGAUGCGUACACACACUUGCUGCAGGAAGACAGCAACCACAUUAGCGGGUUCCAAGUAACAUGGAUGGUUAAACUGUCCUGAUGUAUGCGUGGGCCUUGUCUGUUUUUCAUAAGGCCCCAUUUAGGCUCCCCUAUUAAUAUGCCUGGAUGCACUGAAGCCUCUACAGGGAGGCACCACUGUAAAUCCUUCAGGUCUUGGCAUUUUUAUGGCAAUUAUGUGGUUUCCCUAAUAACCACUCACAUGCACAAUGCACAAGCAAACACCCAUGAGUAAGUAGAUCUCUCAGGAGGUCAAUCAGCCUAAGUACGACUCUGUGUUAGAAGUAGUUACAAAUUGGAGGUUGGAUUUUUGAAGCUGCUGCUGUUCUAACUAUCGAAGAAAUGAUAAAUCAGCUGUUCCUGGGUCAGUUAAGUGAGGCCUGAUGUUAUCCUCUUGUUCUUCACAGGCUGCAGAUCAGGCACAGAACCUGAAGGAGCAGCACAGACAAGAAGAGAGAGAGAAUCUGUCUGAGAUGUGGCACACACUGACAUCAGACAUGAUGACAGAGUGUGCAGAGGCAGUUGAGAGGCAAUUAGGAGAUGGGAGGCCACCCAAGGUUCAGGUGGAAAAGUGGAAGGGGAUGAGACCUGAGCAGCUAAAUGAAAUCCUCAGGGAGAGAGAGAAGCAACGAGUUGAAAAACAGGUACAACAGUCAUUCUCUAUGUCUGUAGAGUAGGGCUUAAUGGUAAUUCAUAAUGAAACACGUCUUUUCCCAAAGUUUCUGUUGAGUAUUACUCUUUUCAAAAAGUUCCACCAUAACUGUGGUGUCAGAUCAAAGGGGAAAAAAAUACUACAAAAGACCAUCAAAAACCCUUCAUUUCUGCUGGAGCUGUUGCCAGUCUUUUAGAAAACAUCAUUCAUGUUUAACUUGCUCAUCUAAAAUGUUCAAUCACUAACAAAUAGUUCCAAGACCCUUCGUCCCCUGAGUGGAUCUGCUUUCAUUAAAUCUUUUUGCUAAUUUAUUUGUGCCUGUUCAUAUUUCAUCACUGUGCACAGACGGUUUCUUCAAAAGAAGUUUAACGAAGAAAGUCUCCAGGCGUUUUUAUCCUUUUCUAUUUUCUUAUUAGAAAAGUGGUCACUGAGAUUGGAAUCUUUUUCAAUCAGUCUUGGGAACAUCCCUUCAUAAAAACUGAUCUAAAAUACUUAAAACCGGGUAUUACUUGUGACACCAUCGUAUCCCUCUACUUGGGUUUUAACUUGGACCAUAUUUUUAUUCCAUUUUAAGAGACAAUAUGAAGCUGAGAAGGUGAAGAAGGCUGCGUGGGAGUUCCAGCUCCUGAAGCAGGCGAGAGAAGCGGAAGAAGAGGAGAAGAGGGGGGCAGAGCUGAGGAGAGAGAAAAGGAUUCAGACUGACCUCUACAACAUGCACUUGGCCAGAGAGCAGCAGGCACGGUGAGCUUGGCACACAUAUACUGUACAUUCAGUUGGACAGGAGUCAGCCAGCAGAUGAAUUUGGGUAGAAGAAAGGAUUAGUGAAGUAUUUUGGGAACAGUAACCCACAGUGUGUUUAUUUUUUGUUCCACAGACAGGAGUACCUGGACAAGAAGCUGUACACCAACAAACCCACCAAGGAUUACUUCUAUCAGUUCAACACCAGCUCCCGCUGACCACCAAUUACUUCAAUCACGUCAGGAUUGUAACAAUCUGCUAAUAAAAUCUAUUUCUCGCUGCACCCAAGUGAAUUGAACCCUGAAUAAAAAACACCUGCCCUUUAUUUUCAAGUGGUACAGACAUAUUUUGAUUCAAGAAGUUGAAAAAAGGGACCCUUUUUCUUCCGAUUGUUCCAGGUUCUUUAUUUUUCAGUAAUAUAUCCAGUUACAGGAGUAGAUUCAUAAUGCAGUUACAGUUAUGAUUUUGGCCCCAAUCACAUGUUGUUCACCUAUUGUACAAGUAGAUACCAUCAUUCUCAUUGUGCUAAUGUGCACCCCACACACCACAAACUGGCACAGCUAUAUCCCAGUAGUGCCACAUACUCCCUUCCCCUCUUUUUUGCCUCUACUCCUCCUUCUCCUACCCCCCACCCCCAUCUCACUUAGGCAUUGUUGUUUCAAAUCUGCAUGUCUGAGUUCUGAAAAUGCUCUUCUGCACAAGCCAAUUCACUUUUCAAUAGCUUUUUAUCUUUUGACCAUAUAAAAGGGGGGAAACAACAGUGAAAAGCAAAGGCCAGCUUUCCCCUCGAUACAUGAAAAGCAAAGAGUGAGUGGCAGUUGAGUGAGUAUCUGUGUGUGUACACUCAUUCCCCAUUCAAAGCUAACAUUUGUUCCCAACACUAACAAACAAAGAUGUUUAGCAGCAGAUAGUCCAGUUAGAAUAUCAGCAUAGUUUGUGUCAUUCAUUGCUCCUGUAUGAAAAUAAACUUUGUCAAAAGCUUUAUUUGUCCUGAGUGUGCAUGAAUAACCAAGAAGGAGUGUAUAGACACCUCCUUUAGCGUCACUAGCCUUUGUUGACAUUUCAAAUAUCUCAUGGGCUGGGAGGCAAUGUUUAGCCAGUGUCAAGCUUUAAUUUGGACAGGGGGAACCAAGGAAGCAACUACAUAAAGUCACACCCUGCGGUAUGCCCAAACAGACUUGCUGUACCCCUUCCUCUCAAAACUGUGUCACACAAAAACACCACAGAUAUUCACCGCGCUGCAAUGUAUCGCUAGAUGGUCACGGGCAUGAAUGAAAAUCUUAGCUUUCAUUGUAAUGUAUGUGCUACUAUCACUAAAUGACACUUAGUCGCAAAGUUUAAUUAAAAAAAAGAAAUUGAAAUGUUUUCCAAACAUCUACAGAACAAUGUGAUUUUUCUCCCCUUUUUAUUCAUUUAUUUUUUUCUCAGCUAUGAAUGCAUUUUGCUCAAACAGCCAAAUCUUACUCCAAUCAUUAGUCAAAAAAAGAGGCUUGAUUCCAUAGCAAUAGUACAAAGAACAAAAAGAAAAAACUUGAGGGGGUUUCAAACCUGCACAUUUUUCACAUUUUUAUAUCAAACAUUUUUGGGUUCAUCAAAACAAUCUAGCGGGGAUAUAUUUACAUUCUGAAGAGGGAAAAGAAACCAUCAUUACUCUAUGUAUCCAGUUAGUUGUAGCUCAGAGUUUCUGUUUAAUCGAUAGCAUAUGAAUACGAUGACUGCCCAGCUUUGAAGUAGUACAUUCUGUGUUUGAUGUAGAUAUCAGCUGCUUGCCUUUAUUACAAAUCAACUGGCAUUCUAUAAAUCUGUCUGCAAACCCACUUGCAUUGAUGGAAGUCUGAAAAAUAAAACUCAGGAGAAGACUCCUCCACUCUCUGAUCUGUUAAUAUACUGUUCAUAAAUACUGUUUCUCAGUUUGUGUAGUAUGAGAUGGACAGGUAUGAAAAGGUUGUUAAUCAGAGACAACAAUGUUUUAAUACAGUGUAGAAAGAGACAAAGACAGAUACAGAAAGCUACACAUAGGUCUCGACACAAAAAAUUACAACAUUUCCAAUCAUGACAUUACACUUCUGGUGGGAAGGCGAGAGAGUAAUGACAUCAAUCUGGUGCUCUAUGCAGACCCAGCAGGCACAGGAACUUAGAAGGAGCAUGUACAUAUCUAUAAUACUGUAUUAUGGCUAAAUAGAUAGAUGUAGAUGCAGCUAUAUACACCAGAUGCUACUUAGCAUUUUCACAGCAAGUUCCCGUAUGCAUCCAAUGUUAUCUAUAGUAAGAAACUUGGCUUUACUUAUUUUCAAUAAAACCAAUAUGAUCUAUGAGAUGGAUUAAUCUAGAGAGGUCAUUAUAGAAACAAACAUAGUAGAAAAAAUAUGAAAAGGAGAUGAUAUAAAUAAAAAGGUAACAAAAGGAUGUUUUGUAUUCAAACGUAUUUGUAAAAAAAUGUAAAAAUGUCACUGGCACAUACAAUCUGAGACAUCGAAUGGUGUUAAACAUACAAAACAGUGUGAAAUAAUAUAAGGCAUGAUGAAUGUCCAAAAUUUAAGACUUUUACAGCAGCAGGUGCUGUCAAAUUCCCCAGUCUACCAUUAUCAUCAUCAUCCUCUCUCAAUGCACUACUCUGUAUCUCUAUAGGACCACACCUACACUCCCUGUGAUAUUCCUAUCUGUACAACAUUCUGUCUUUAUCCUUCUAUAGAGCUGUCUGUGAAAAGAAGAAAAAGAGAAGAACGAGAGGGAAAUGAAUGUUAGUCAUUAAGAUAUAUUGUAAACCACAGAUAAAGGAGGGGUCAAAGGGCAUUUUCAGGUCAGUCAGACUUGUAUCUCAUCGUCCACUACUUUGGACUCUCCUUUGGUCAAAAUAGUCUAGUCGAUCAGAUGACUGCCAGGUGCAUCUGAAAAGUCAGCGUAGUGAUUGUAUUUCAGUCAGGAACUACAGAUCAGCAGGUCAGCAGGGAACAGGAGUAAAUGGGCACAUGUGUGUUGAGAUGUUUUGGUCUGAUGGUCCUCACAAGAUGAGGGAAGUUAAUCCAGGAUGGUGACUGAGUUGGGCAUGCCAUUGGUUGCUGAAGAGACAGUGGUGGGGUUGAGCGGGGAGGUGUCCGGCAGGCCGUGGAGCGUCUCCGGACCAUCACCAGAUCGGCUGAAUUGGCUGACUAGAGACUCAUCCAUGUUGAGCUCUGUGGUGAUGGCACUGCUACCGUUGAAGUCCAGGUUGUCCUCGCUGCACAGCUUGCUCUCCUCACACAGGGAUGGCUGGCUUGCUGUGCGCUUCUCCUCAAGGUC